AUGCGCUUUCUGUUUCCUGUUUCUGCAAGCAGUUCGAAAGUCUUUACUCAGGGCCAAGGGAACUCCUGCACCUACACGUGGCCUGAUGGCUCCAUGUACAUGGGCCAGUGGGAAGCCAACGCCAUCAAUGGCCGUGGCCAUUACAUGGGCCGGGACGGCCGGGAGUUCCAGGGCAUGUGGCGUGGUGCGGUAAUCCACGGAUGUGGGCGCUACUCCUGGCCUGACGGCCGGACGUUCAAGGGCAACUACUUUGAAGACCAGAAACAUGGCUUCGGCACCUUCACUUGGCAGGACGGCCGGCGCUUCGAUGGCUUCUGGGCCCAGGGGAAGCAGCAUGGCCAUGGGAUCACGUACAAAGCGGACGGAACGAUUCUCAAGGAGGGCGUUUGGAAGCGAGGGCAGUUUGCCCCAGAUGCGCCGUCGCCUGCAACAGCUGCGCCAGCAAAGGCGGAGGCUUGA